AUUGGAAAUGCAAGAAUUGGUGGGAUGGAAAAAGAUCUCAAACUCAAACCCGAAGAUUAUUCUUUAGCUGUAUUGAUAUUCUUUGUAGGAUAUUUACUAGCCGAAAUCCCAAGCAAUAUGUUGUUAACAAGACUUCGACCUUCUCUCUUCAUUCCUUUUCUAACUUUUAGUUGGGGAUUGGUAGCUACUUUACUUUCUGUAGUCAAAACUAAGGAACAAUUGAUUGGGGUGAGAUUUGUAUUAGGAUUUAUGGAAUCUGGAUUUUUUCCUGGUAUACUUUUCCUCUUAUCCUCAUGGUAUAGGAGAAGAGAGCUAGCAAAAAGGCUUGGGAUUAUAUUCACUGCAUCAAUCAUGGCGGGCGCUUUUGGCGGACUCCUCUCAGGCGGUGUGAUCACAGGAAUGGAUGAGGUUAGGGGGAUCCGUGGAUGGAGGUGGCUUUUUAUCAUCGAGGGAGCAAUCACAAUGCUUGCGUCAAUAGUUGUCAUCUUCUUCAUGCCUGAUUGGCCGUCUAAUACAAAAUGGCUCACUGCAGAGCAACGCGCGCUCGCAACAGCUAGAAUAGCAGCCGACCGACCAGCUCGUGCACAUUCAACACUAAACUUGACUCAUUUGCAAGCUUUUAAGGCUACUGUGACAGAUUGGAGAGUUUACUUGUUCUGUUUGAUGGAUUUGAUGAUCACUAGUGGAACCACUAUAUCUUACUUCAUUCCUACCAUCACUCGUACACUUGGAUAUACUGGUCAGACAGCUCAAUUUAUGACUGUGCCUAUCUAUGUAUGCGCAUUCGUGGGCGUCUUGGCCAUCUCCUACUCGGCCGACUUUUUCAAGAAUCGCGCUUUUCAUGUAGCAAUCCCAACAGCGGUUGCUGGAGUGACCUAUGCAAUCUGUACUAGAGUUACCAACUCAGAGGCUCGUUACGGUCUCAUCUGCAUAGGAUAUGCAACUAACUUGGGAGCUCUUCCUGUUUUACUCGCCUGGCUUUCAAAAGAAAUCAAUUAUCCUGAUUCAAAACGCGCAGUAUCACAAGCUCUUGUAAACUCAGUCGGUAAUUCAGCAUCGAUCUAUGGUAGUUUUUUGUGGUCUGAUUCACCCAAGUUUACUAAUGGGUUCAUGGCAAAUUCAAUCUUCUGUUUUACUUGUGCUCUCAUUUCUAUUGUUGGACAUAUUCUUUUUAUUAAAUUUUAUUCUAGAAUGAAGAGUAGAUCAGAAAGUGAUUCAAGAUCAUCAGUUGAUAUGCAAACCACUACUGGUCCUUUGAAAGAAAAUAAAACCGGUUGUAUUUAG